AGAGAGAGAGAGAGAGAGGGAGAGAGGGAGAGAGGGAGAGAAUGUGAUGUGCUUGGACUUGGUAGAAGUUGUGUCGCUUGGGUAGAUGCUGUGUGAAGAAGGUUCUCCUCGGAGUGGCUCAUCCGAGGUGCCGCGGCUCUAGCUGAAACUUUGCCUCUCUUUUUCUCCCGUGUGGAUGAUCAUUUGCUGCUCGGUAUUCGAGCCUCCCUUCCAGCUCUGCCCCCUCCCAUGCGCGUAGCACGACCACCGCCGCCGCUCCUCACAGCCGAGAGAGCUGGGUUUGUGGAAUAAAGCCCCAGCCGGUAUUAAGGUAUUUCUGCUAGUUGUUGUCAUGGAAAUGAUGCUGCCGGCGGCGGCGGGGAGUUUACAGCGCUUGUGAUGAAUGGCAGCAAUUUGUCUUCUUCCUUUAACUGUGCUUGGAAAAUAGGUGGUUUUGUUUGCACAAGUUAGAGCUGUCUAAUAGGGACGGCGGGGCAGGUUGAUCUAAUCUCUCUUUAGGAGAGAACAGACCGUAGGAAGCCUGGAGAGCUUGCUAAGGAGGUAAUUGUUGGAAUGUGGCAUAUUGUAUUGAAAUGAGACGGGAUCUUUGCUAGGCACGUCUGCCUGGCAUCUGUUCCUAAGAAAUUUGCACUUUUCCCUUUGGAGGUCAGAAACUGUAAUCAUAGGCUGUAGUGACCCAGCACGUGUGUUACAGUACAGAGAGGCUUAACUGCACUGUCUGCCUGACUCGCUGUAUAAACGUCUCGCUUACAUUAUUGUCUUAAUGGCUGGGAAAGAAGUUUCGCUCUUGGAAAGAAUCGAUAAGGCACAGGCACUCGGUUGUGUUGUAUUGGGGGCGGUUAUCGCGACUGCAUUAUUGCGACAGGUCUUAGGCAGAGGUCUAAGGCGGAGGUGUGGAUCACCUUCGUAACGCUACCUAAUAACGCUAUUUUUUAACUUGCAUUUUUGAAACGAUGGAUUUCACGCGAGAAAAUUUCCCAAAGAGAAGGCGGAAAAUGCUGUUUUCUGUCGGGGAUUUGGUGCGUCGGGAUUGGAUGUUUUUUUCCAGAAAAAAAGAGUUUAGGAAUGAAUCGCUAACUUUUAUCCAACCCACUUCACUUGAUUACAUUCUUCGCCCUAUUUUUCUCUCCCCCGUGGAGACUGUUGUAUGUUGGAAUCAGGCCCCAUUAAAACAAUGGACUGAAGCAGACCAGACGGUUUCUUCGGAGGUGAAACUCGUCCCAGCUCCUGAAUAUUUGUUGGAGCGGUCCUGUGGCUCGGAGCGUUCCCCAAAAUCGCGAGCUAGUCAGCGGUGGAAAUAUAGCUUGAAACUUUUAAUUGAAUGGAGCUUCCCCUUUCGCGGUCCCUCCCGGGUAAAUGAAGGUUUCGAAACUCAACUGAAGAAGUCACAAUCACAAUGGAGUAUUUCACGGUUUCCUCCUCAUAUUACAGGGUGGGGAGGGGUGUCACUCGGGGCUGAAUGUAAAGUGCACGGAGGAAGAAAAGAGCUUUGACAAGGGUAGUUAUUUCCUCCUAAUUUACAGCCCUUAAGGCUCUGUGCUUCUGGCUCAGGCGUCUGCAGUCCGGAGGGGUGUUGCAUGUUUAAAAGCGCAGUGAAUGUCUCUAGGUAACCGCCGGCUCAGGGGGAGGAGAGGAGCCCUAGGGCGCUCAGAGCAGUGUGAGAAGCAGCCUCGCAGAAGCUUGGCCCGAGAGCAGGGAGGGAACAAAACCAGCGGGAGAGAAAGAGAUGAGCUAAUAAUCAGCGAACAUCCCCGAAGCCGGGGAGGGAUUAGGAGCCAAGGGGCAAGGGGCAGACGGAGAGCGCAGGAGCGGGUGAGGGAGCUCUUGACGCUCCCCGAGGGGAGCUCCCGGGGCACGCUGCCGGCGCAGCCCCGCCGCUCCGUGCCGUCCGAGGGGGGCGAGCGCGCGGCGGCCCCGGGAGCCCCGGCCGUCCCGGGAGCCCCGGCGGCCCGGGGCUGCAACAGACCCCUUCCGUGGGAUGGGGGGCCCGGAGCGCGGCGGGCAGCGGGGCGCGGCGGGCCCGCGCUCCCUCCCGCCUCGCCUGCGUUUAGGGCGGCGAGGCGCCCCGCCGCCGAGCGGUGCGGGGGGCACAGUUGCCCUGCGUCUGGGGCCGAGCCCCGCAGCCGGGCCGCGCCGCCCCGAGGCGGCAGGGCUGCAAACGCCGGAGCCUGGCCGCAUUGGUAGGAAACCCCUCAAGUCUCGUCCCCCCGGCCGGUCGCUACCUUGCAUAAAAACUUCCAGCCUGCUUCUGAGGCCCCCCCCCCCCCCCCCCAGCCGAAAAAGAAACUUCCUGCUCCGCGGGCGGCCACGCUGCCAAGGAACGCGCCGCAUUAAUGGAUGCGCGGGCAUCUUCGGGGAGAUGCUGUCCCGCUUGUUGGAGUCACCUCUGCCCCGAGUCGGCUCUCUCCCUGCCUUCCCGCUAACCCCCGCUCCUUACCAGAAAAACAAACAAGCAAGCGAGAACACGGCACCUCCGCUUCCCCUGUCCUUUUUUUUCCAGCCCGGUGCCUUCUUCCUUUUGUGUGGUGAGGGAGAGAGCGAGCGGGGCUGACGGAAAACGCGCUUCCCAACUAGCCUCUCUCUUCUCCCUCGGAGCAAGGUGGGGGCUUGCUGAGCGACAAGGGGGGAGGAGGGACUGCCACCGCCGCGCUGCUCCCCCUGUGCCCCGAAGCACUCUGCCGGGCGGAGAGGGAGCGGGGACACAUUUCCUCCCCCAGCCCCGCUUCGGUGCGGCGCUGGCUCCCCGCUGCCCGCCGCCCCCGCGCGCGCCGCCGCCGGCGGGUGCUGCGCCCGGCGCCCGGGCGGCCACCGGCUCUCCCCUGACUGUACCCUUCCUUCUCCCGCUGCGCGCCAGAGCCCGGGUCGGAAGAGCGCCUGCCGCCGAGGCCAGGCUCCCACCCCGGCGCCGCAGACAGCUCCCGGCCGGCACGGACCCCGCCGCCUGCGCCUCCCGCUGCCGCCUCCUCCGGCCGGACACCCAGCCCCACCAUUCAGCGAGCAAGAUACCCUCCAGAUAUGCCCUGUGUGCAAGCGCAGUAUAGUCCUUCACCACCUGGUUCAAAUUAUGCAGCUCAGACCUACGCGUAUGGCUCGGAGUACAGCUCAGAGAUCAUGAAUCCUGACUACACCAAGCUGACCAUGGACCUGAGUAGCACAGAGAUCACUGCCACCGCCACCACCUCCCUUCCCAGCUUCAGCACCUUCAUGGAGGGUUACUCCAGCAGCUAUGAGCUCAAGCCUUCCUGCCUCUACCAAAUGCAAUCUGCCUCCUCCUCCAGUCAGAGGCCCCUCAUUAAGAUGGAAGACACACGGCUCUCUUCCUACCAACAGUCAUUGCCGCCAUCCACAGACGAGGGAAUGCCCAGCACAUCCAUGUACUUCAAGCAAUCUCCGCCCUCAACGCCCACCACGCCUGGCUUCCCCUCUCACCAGAGCCUGUGGGAUGAGCCCCCGCUGCCACCCACACAGACCUGCCUUCCUCCCGGCCACCUCAUGGAUGCUGUCCCCAUGAAGACUGUGCCUCCACGCUUCCCCCUCUUCCACUUCAAGCACUCGCCCCCCCACACGCCAGCAGCGGGCACCCACAUGUGCUAUGACCCUGCCUCCUUGAGCCUGCCUCUGGGACCUGACAGACCCACGGCGAGCCAGGCCACCAUGGAGAGCCAUUCCUAUGGACUUCCCCUGGCCAAAAGACCAGCCACACUAGCCUUCUCGCCACUUGGCCUCAACGCAGCAACCUCUGGCCUCAUGGGUGAGAGCAGCAGUGGCAGCAGCGGCCUCCCAUCCCCACCCAGCAGGAGCUCCUCAUCUGGGGAGGGCACUUGUGCUGUCUGUGGGGAUAACGCUGCUUGCCAGCACUACGGCGUACGAACGUGCGAGGGCUGCAAGGGCUUUUUCAAGAGAACAGUUCAGAAAAAUGCAAAAUAUGUUUGUCUGGCAAAUAAAAACUGUCCAGUGGACAAGAGACGUCGUAACAGAUGCCAGUACUGCCGAUUUCAGAAGUGUCUCAGUGUCGGCAUGGUUAAAGAAGUUGUCCGUACUGAUAGCCUGAAAGGGAGAAGAGGUCGACUGCCUUCCAAACCAAAGAGCCCCUUGCAGCAGGAACCCUCGCAGCCCUCACCGCCUUCUCCUCCCAUCAGCAUGAUGAACGCCCUCGUACGAGCUUUAACUGACUCCACUCCCAGGGAGCUUGACUACUCAAGAUACUGUUCCACUGACCAGGCUGCUGCAGGCACAGAUGCAGAACAUGUCCAGCAGUUCUAUAACCUUCUGACUGCCUCUAUUGACAUAUCGAGAGGCUGGGCAGAAAGAAUCCCUGGAUUUACUGACCUCCCAAAAGAAGAUCAGACAUUACUCAUAGAAUCAGCUUUUUUGGAGCUCUUUGUACUAAGACUCUCCAUCAGGUCUGAUACUGCUGAGGAUAAGUUUGUAUUCUGCAAUGGACUUGUGCUUCAUAGACUUCAGUGCCUUCGUGGAUUUGGGGAGUGGCUCGACUCUAUUAAAGACUUUUCCUUAAACUUAAAGAGCCUUAACCUUGAUAUCCCAGCCUUAGCAAGUUUAUCAGCUCUAACUAUGAUUACAGAACGACAUGGAUUAAAAGAACCAAAGAAAGUGGAAGAGCUAUGCAACAAGAUCACUAGCAGUUUGAAAGAUCACUUAACUUUCAGUUGCCAAAACAAAGGACAACCCCUCGAGUCUGCGGAGCCUAAGGUACUGGGUGUUCUUGCUGACUUGCGCUCUCUCUGCACACUGGGACUGCAGCGCAUCUUUUACCUGAAACUGGAAGAUUUGGUGCCCGCCCCUUCUAUUAUUGACAGGCUGUUUCUGGACACCUUACCCUUCUGAGUGAAGUCACCCUCAUGAAAGGCAAAUGCCCACCAGAGCAGGCAAAUGGAUUGUGACUUACAGCUAACGUUUCUGCCCUCACUUAACAGAAAAGCAGCUCCAGCUCUAAAAUGAGGUUUUUUUCUGGCGCUUUGUCCUUACAACCUGAGGCCUAAAACUUACUUGCUUACUGUUUUGGGGUUGUGUUCUUUGUUUUCUUUUGUGUGAUUUGGGGUUUUUUAAAUUGCUAAUAUGGCACUUUUGGACAAUGCUAUCCCAGCAGCAGUAAAAGGUUAACAUGACUGUUUUAAAUCUGUUGUUUAACACCUCAUUGUUUAUGAGGAAUAAAAUUGUAGAAGCUGUGUGUUUGAAAACAAGAACAGCAGAUAGUUGUUUGCCAGGGUAGUAUGUAUUUUGUGACAAUACCUUUAGCAUACUUCCUGCAUCAAGGGCACAUACAUCAGCACAAUCUAAACAAAAGUUCACUUUUUAUAACAAAGUACAUUCAACUGAACAUUUCAUAUAAAUCAAAUAUAGCAAAAUGACAAUGGCUGUUAGCUCCCGUGUGCAAGUGCAAUUUUUUAAAGUGCUGUCUUACUAAGUCUUGUUUAUUAACUAAUUUAUUUUAAUAUGAAAAUAAAUGGAAGAAAUCAAGUGAGAAAAUUACAUGCACUAACUUACAUGACAGAGUUUUCCAAACUUGAUUCCAUGUAGAAUGACUUACUGACAAAUGUAUGUGGAAGACACAGGAACAACAGUGAUUCAGUUGUUCCUUAGACAAGGAAGUCCAAGUAAGUAGUGACUGGAGCAUACAGGGUCAGCAUCAGGGAUAGCUAAGUUUUAGACUUUAACAUAAGUAACAAGUUAUUAAACAGACACAAGAUGGUUUUGAAGAACAAGCAAGUCUUGUAAAAUAGUAUGAAUGUAAGUGCUAGGGAGGAUAUAGUGGGCUGCGUUUAAACAUUCCGUGUUCGUACUCCUUUUUGUAUGUUUAUACUGUUGAUGCCAUAUUAAUAUGAAAUAAUUUGUUGCAUAGUGUCUUUAUUUGUAUAAAUGUUUGUAUGCAUGGUAUAUUGUAAUGGCUUUGCCUGUAUUUAUUGCAAUGACUGCCAGCUCAUGAGAGCCCUGUUACACAAAAUAACUAAAUGGGGUGUUCACACUGACUCAGAUACACCAGUUGGAGAAUUAUAUACAUAUAUAUAAUGUGUAUAUAUAUAUGUAUAUACUCUGUGUGUGUGUGUGUGUGCGCGCGUGUGUCUUUUUAUUAACCAUUUGUAUAUAAAAUAUCUGUCAAAUCACAAGCAGAGUUAUUUUACAGUUUAUUUGCAGUGACUUCUAAGGCAGUACUGUUUAGCACUUUGAUAUUAAAAUCUUGCUCCUGUUUUGCUAAAUUCAAAUAAUAUUUAAAAAUUUUAGUUCUAAAACACUUUAUAUGCACUGUAUUAAGUCAAAAUUUUGUUGGUCAUUUUGCUAAGGAAAUUUCUGAAUGUCAACCUGAUGUCACUGUAUCUUUUGUUAGCUUUAAACAUUCUAGCUUUUGUCUUUUUUUAAACUAUGCUGUUUAUAUGGAAAUUAAAUUAUACAAUCAAACAGAUGCCAAAUGAAUUGCCUAAUUGCUGCAAAGGAUAACCCAGAUAUUGAGUCACUGUACGGUUUUCAAAUAGUAAUCUGGUAUUUUAUCACUUACUAUGUUUGGAUGUGCUUUUAUGAAAAAACUAUUCUUAUAUCAAGAUUUAUAGUAGUAUCAGUAGGGAAACAGACUUCUAGUCACUAUAGUUAAUAUUUCUGGUUUACCUGCAGAUAAUAUUUGAAAACGUAUUGCUUUUUGUAUUGACUUUUAAGCUUAUGUGAAAACAUAAUAGCAUAAUUAAAUAUCAGAGAAGCUAAUGUUUCUUGUAGGUUGCUGUAACAAGCCUGACCAGCAAGACAAAUAUAUUUUGACUGAAUUUCAGCUUUUGUAUACAUUAAAUAUAUAUAUAUAUAUAUACACACAUACAUACAUAUAUAUAUAUACACACACACAUACACACACUCACCCAUAGGUGUGCAUACAAAAACACACAGACACAAAAUCCAGAAUUAUGGUUACUUUUGUCUCCUUGUGUAAAACGUGAGGCCCCUUGAGAAAUCACUUUUCUCUAGGGGCAAGUCCUGCAAGGUGCUGAGCACCAGAUGAGGGCUUGCAACCACUUCCUGGGAGGGAGCCCUCAAAAAGAACUUUUGCACAAAUCAGCAUAGUAUAGUAAAGUUGCUUUUUUUUGAGCAAGGUUUAUUCAAGUGGGUUGUGAGUGGGAGGUGGCAGGUCCAGAGCCCCAUAUGAGAUUUCAUGUAGCCAGUCUGCUUCAGUCUUCCACAGCUAGUCUUUACUGUGAUACUCUCAUAAAUCACGUCACCUGUGGGAUUGUCCUUCACUUCAAUACACAGAUUCAUCAGCGAGUCAACCAGGGCCAGGGCGCAACAGUAAAAGAAAGAAUUAAUGCAGAUUCAAUUCACUACUUUUGUUAGAGCUCUCUCAGUGUGAACAUGCCUUUGUAUAGGCAGAAUUCAGGAAUAUAUCAGGUGUUAGGGGAGAGUGCCUUGCUUUUAUUUCAGACAACAGUGUUUCAAGAGUUUCUUCACUCCUCUAACAGCAGUACUUUUUCCUUUUUUUUGUGGUGUUAACCUGUGGGUUGAAAGAAAUGCUCUUGUACAUAUACAAUGUAAAUUAAACUUAUUAAAUUGAAUAACAUUUUUUUCAGAGGCCCCAUGUGUGUUGAGUAAGUAUGCUUAAUUCUGUUAAAAUCUGAUGUGAAUUUUUUAUCAUUUAUAAAACAUUAAAAAUUUGUCUACUUGAAUCUUAAAAGUGGGAAAAUUGGUGAAGCAUGCUUAAGAACACUGGCAAUUUAAUGUCUAGUCUUUAGCUUGUAAUAACUUUUAUGUAAAUAUAAUAAGACCUGCAGUAUCUGGUUACAGAAUCUCAGUUAGAUAUUGAGAGCUAGGCCACGGCUGUCCUAGAGGUUCAACUACAGAAGGACCAGAGCAUCUCCUCUCUGUAUGUCUCCUCCCUACCAGGAAGAGGUUGUAAUUAACUUGCAGAUAAUGACAGCCACAAGAGAGGGGUUAGCUAUAGUGCUCUUUAUCCCAUAGUGUAUAGGGCUAGCUAGGAAGAGCACAGGGUUCUGAUCCCAUCUUCCACCUCUUUGUACCAAUGCAUCCUGCUAAAAUAACACUCCAGGUGGCAUCUGCAAUGUUUUUGAAAUGCGCGGCCAGUUCCUCUCCUUACUGUGCCUUUGCUUUGUAGGAGGGAUCACUUAUCCUCUACCAAAUAAAACUAUUUAACUACAAAUGCAUUUUCUAAGCAGUUCUAGCAGACAUCUGCCACUAUUCCAAUAUCUCCAUAACUACUAAUGGUUCCAGCAUACCUCUGUGAGAGCUGUUAUUCUGUUGGAACUUCUCAGCUGGAGGUUACAUCAAAUGAUGUACUGCGGUAGGCUGCAGGGUCGGCAGCUCAUUCUUUGGAAAUGUGACAGAACAAAGUAUUGCUCAAACUCUUCCAAUUCAUUUGUUAUUUUUGCCUGAUUUUAAAAUUUAAACUACCACUCUUAAAAUGUUUAAUGAGAAUGGCAAUGAGUUUUGCAUAGUAGUACCUUAUUAUACACAAAACAUGCAGAUCUUGUGAUACAUCCAUACCGGAAUCUGAAUUUCCACCCCACAAGACAAAGAUUAUCCUCACUAAACUCACAAGUUAUUUCAAUUUGCAAUUACUUCAGGGCUAUAAAUUUUGUCCUUAGGCAGGAGAACUCAGCUAUGUCCUGAUCUAGAUCAUCUGCAUUUGUACCUUUAUGUGUGCCUUAUGUGCUUAUAAACCUAAAUCACAUCAAUGAGAGAAUCUUCAGGGAGAUGUGAUGCCUGACCAUUAAAUUUAGCAUUGGAAGUUUGGUCUGAGUCAGGAAUAUGGUAGUGGAUUUAUCUAGUAGAGUGUCCUUGAACAGAGGGCUUGCACCAGAGCCCCCCAGAAUGAGCAACUUUAGCUAGAGAUGAGUCAAACCUCUUUCUAGAGCUAUCCUGCUUUUACUUUUCACAUUCAAGUUCAUUUGUCCAAUAUAAAAAACUAAAAUUUCACUUAAGUUAAAGGUGAGAGGUUUACUGGUAUAAAAUUCAGCAUGUCUGUGACAAAAAAUUGGCAACACCCUCUGUGAAAGCUGUGAAACAUAUCUUUUGACUAAUUAUUUGUAUUAUAGCAGCACCUAGAGGCUACAACAGAGAGUGGGAGCCCAUUUUGCUAGUUGCUCUAAUUAGCACUUACAGGACCCACCCAGGAGAACCUUCAGUCCAAAGAGACAUAACAGAACAAAGAGCACCAAAGAAAAAAUGUGUGACAUGUCCAGGGACAUACAGCGUAUCAGUUACAGAGCUGGGAACAAAAGGUUUCGUUUUCUGAGUUAGUGGCCAGUGAAUGCCCUUAUUUUGAUUUCCUUCUCUUUCUCUGGGCAAUUUAGGUUUUCACUGUAUCAAAUUUUAUGCAAACACCAAAAAAAGGCAUUAAAAUUUUCGAAAUAACCCCUGUGUUCAAACUGACAUUGUUUAUCCUGUCUAUAUGACUGUCAUCGAUGAGCAGGAUUUUGAAUAGUCUCAAUCUAACAUUUGGAAGUGAGCUAUGAUACCAACUGGAUAAUGAGUAUUUAGAAAAGAGAUAUUUAGCUGUUCUUUAAUAAAUUAGUAAAACUGACCAUUGGGAAUAUUGCAAGAUAUGGAUUAAACAACCAUUAUUAAUGGAUAAAAAGGCUUAACUUUUUUAAAUGACGCCAUUGAUGUAGUAAUCGAGUAACCAGGGAGUGAGUUAAACAAAUUCUUGACAGUCGAUGGCAUGAACUGUAUUCCUGAUCUACUCUUUUGAGCAUUACAAAUAUACUGAUUUGCCAAAUAUAAGGAAAAGGAAACUUAUUUACCAUAUGGAAACACUUUCAUCAUUUUUUCUUUCUUUAAACAGUAGGUACCUUUACUUUUACAUUCAUAAUACAUAACGUUCUGGCUACGUUUACUUAUAGAAAUAAUCUGGAUUUGUGAAGUUGUGACACUGCUGUGAAAGUUAGAUGAGCUCAACGUUCUGAUUUGAACUCAUAAAAGCAGGCAUAUUCUUUAAAGAGAAGGGUGGGAUUCCAGCUGUAAUUAGAUAUUAUGUAUAUCUCAAGAUACUUAUGUGUGUAUAAUGGAACUAUUUUAAUGUAAGUGCAAGAUUCCGAAGACAUGAAAGAGACGAGACCAUGGAAAAUACCAAUUUUUCCAUUGUUUAAUACUUUAGAUUGUUUAUUGUUUUUUCUUAAGAGAACACAGAACUCUGGGCUUGUUUAUGUGGAAUUUUAUCUCAAAUAAAUAAAUAAAUAAAUAAGCUAA